UUCUCUUGGUGUGUGGGGCUCAUUGCCACCCUCCUGGUCUUCGCGGUGCUCUGUGUCCUAUGGAACUGGAAUAAAUGGAAGAGGCGCCCAGUUCCUUACCUCCGAGUUACGGUCAUGCCCUCGCUGACCCUGCCUCAGUUCAGACAAAGACACAAAAAUAUUUACAGCUUCUUGCCUCGGAGGCAAGAAGAGCUGGGAAGACAUCAGUCAAGGAAUAUUCGUAUUUUCAGUACUGAGAGUCUCCUCUCCAGACAUUCUGACAGUCCUACCCCUGAGCAUAUGCCCUCACGAGCAAGAACCACCCUCCAGGCGCUGGAAGCCCGCGCUUGUCCUCUGGGGUAUGUGGUGGGUGUCUAUGACAACGCCAUGGUGCCCCAGGUAUGUGAGACCCUCACUCCUUCUGCACAAUACGUCAAUAUGGGAGCUUUCAGAGAUGACCUGAGCACGUCUUCAGAGGACUCAAGGGAUUAUGUUAAUGUGCCCGGAGCAGAAGAGACAGCUGAGACUCUGACUUCCAGCUCCCCUGAGAAUCUCACUGUCCUGCCAGGUGUCCAGGAAGUGGACUUCACUGAAAAAAGAGAUGUGAGCUGUGGCAGUGACUGUAUCAGAUUUGGGUGUCCAGGAACUGAGAGCCGUGACAAACUCAGUGACGAGGAAAGCUCUUCUCAGACCUCAAAUGAUUAUGUCAACAUGUCUGAAUUUUAUCUUGAGGACACCCCUGGGGAGCAACCCUGGACAGCUUUUCGGUGCUGCAGAGAUUAUGAAAAUGUCCCGCCAGCAAAUGCCAAUGGAAGCCACCAGCAGGUGGAGGAAGAGGUUACAUCCUUAAAUACAGACCAUGUAGAGGGCUGGACAGAUGCUCCAGAGAGCUGCAUUCAGCCAGUCGAGAAACCAGGCAGGUUCCCUGUUCCAACGCCUCGUGUGCCCUUCCAGCAGGUGGCACAGAGUGGAAACAGUCAGAUGAUGCAUGAAGAACUGCUAAGUGAGGAUGAUGGUGACUAUGAGAACGUGCUACCUACCAUGUCAGGAACCGGAGAAUCCCAACAGAGGCUGCACACACAAAAGCCAAGGGAUGUGGUUUCUCCUGCUGCAUCCACAGCCACCCUAGAGUCUGGGGAUGGUGAUGGGCCAUGA